AUGGAAUUUGAAUUAUUUGGAAGACGUCUAAAGGCCGAUGUGCAAAGGCAAAGGCAACAAAAGUCAACUAAAAAGAACAAAAUCACAAGUUAUGUAAUGACAGUUGAUUCUCCGACGAGUCAACGAGUCACGACCAAUACGACGACUGAUGCCAAACCCGGGGAAGCAUUUGAUGAUUUCACAAAUGGUUCAAAAUCAGAAUCAAAAGAUUCUUUAAAGGCCCAGGAAUUGAAUAGGCUUAAAAGUGAUUUAAAUGUAACCUAUUUGAAACAAGAAAUCGAAGAAUUAAAUGAUUUCAAAAUUAAUUUUAUGCUUGUAUUUGAAUCUUUUGAACAAACUAAAGCGGAAUUAAAGGAAUUAAAAAUCAAGUUCAAACAAAAUGAAUUCGAAAAUGAUAGAUUAUUAGCCGAAAAACUUCAAUUUGACGAAAAAACAUUUACCGAACAAGAUUUAUAUGAUCAUCCUUUAUCAUAUAAUAACUUUAUCGAAAACUCUGAUGAUGAUUACAAUCGAUCUAAACCUCAGUUACCACAGGGUGAAAAAUAUUCUGCGAGUCAGGAUGAAGUAACAGACUUAUGUCCACAACCUUCAAAUUUUCAACAAGAGUACAUCAGUCGCCAAACAACCCCAUUUGAUACGAAUGUUCAGGGUUUUGCUCGUAAUUAUGAUUUAGAGAUUGCUAGACAAGAGCAAGAUGGAAUCUUGCCAUUAGAGAGUUCUCCUGUUCAGAGAAAUAGCGGCGUUCCUCAUUCAUUCUUAUUCAAGCGUAUAGAUUAUUUGUGGCUGUUUGAAAUGAGAAAUCAGUCCUGUAAUGUGACUUGCCUUUUAUGGAUAUCUGGUCGCAUAAAAGGUAAAAGAAUGACUGCGUAUGAAUAUGUUGCCGUGCAUCCGUUUAAAUUGUCUUGA